UCGAGUGAGUAUAUGCCAAUGACUGAAUAUCAUGAAAAGAAGAAAGGUUGGGGUAUAUGGGAUAUAGUUAAUGCUAAACGAGGCUUAAACAAAUGGCUGAAAAAUAUCAAAGGGAAGAAAAGUGGUAGUGGAGAGAAGGGAAAAACUAUUCACCUUGGAAGAAACUGA